AUGGCAAAUGAUUUUAAGACCACUGAGGUGGAAAUAAGGAAAGUAAAUCAGCUGAGCCAAUUUGGGGCCCUACUUGCCAAAGUAGGGAAGAAGACCGACGAAUUUUAUGCUUUGAAAUUUGAUUUAGAAAGCUAUUCAGCCGGGGAAUCUUUGUCACCGACGGUUCAAGCAUGGCAGCGCAGCCUUUUCAAACAUCUAAAAAACGUCUCUCCGCCACCUAAAGUAAUUAAAACAACAUUUAAAGAAGAAACAAGAAAGCUUUUUGGGACCAAAUUUGAUAAUAAGGUGACCUUAAGAAACGCCGGUCACCAGGGAGCACACGAAGAGAUCGUUCUUCUUCAGUUUGACCCGAACUUCACUUCAACCGAAGUUUUCUGCCGCCAUCCAUCAUGCAACUCAAGAUACCUGGAAGCAGCGAAAAGUGGUAAGCGAGAUUUGUAUCUCUGUCCAUUUCAUCAACAGAAGUUGAAGGACGCAAUUUCUGACACCCUGGCCAAGAAAAACAUCCAGAUCGCCACUACGAAAGAAAAUCCCGAUCCACGUCAGUUUGAUGGAUACACUUCGCUGAUUGGUGUGCUGGAGGGGGCCUAUCACGAUGCAAAGAAAUUCCAAGCCCUGGAGAGAAGAUCCCCGAUGGUCGAAGAAGCCAUCUUGAACGUCAGGAAUUUCUUGAUUAUAACCAAUGCGGUGCUCAACCCUAACGGCCACAACUUGCAACUUGCCUUGCCUCCUGUUUUUCGAAUUCUUCUCCUUAUUUUGGAGAAUUCGGCCAAUGUACCACCGUUGGUGGAUGCUCUUCUGUACGCUCUCCGAGAUGUCAUCGAGAUGAUACUUUUCGCGUUUGGUGUCAUCUACUCGUGGGUGUCAAUCUCUCUCAAUAGCCCUGGUUCGCGGAUAGGCGCUGGGGUGGGAGGAGCUAUUGGUGGCGGACUUGGUUUGGUGAUGGGUCCUUGGACUGGAGUUGCUGGUAUAGGAGCAGGAGGCGUGCUUGGAGGCUUCAUAGGUAGUGGUAUCUACGAUCUGGUGGUGGGAGACCAAAGAGCACAAGAAAUGGAGAGAUUUAGAAGAUAUUGGGCAGCUGCUGGUGGCACAGGAGAAAACGGGCAACGAAACAACCAGUAUGUAGUGUAUCACUUUGAUGGAAAUGCUUUUGGAGGAUUGUACCUGCAUCCAUUCCCCGCAGUUCAGUGAAUACACUACUGCGUAGGCCUAAAACUCAGUGAGCGAUUUAUACCUUCGUAAGACUUACAAUUCCACAAGUAUUAUGGCAGAAAUAAUUUUUGAAUAGUUUACAUUUUCGAUUUCAGUCCCUUGACUGUUUUUUCUUAGUCAGACCACGUGUUACUAUAGAGAACUCAGGUUCUCUCAAAUUCCACCGUAUUCACUUCUGUAUUUACACGCAAAUUAAACACGAACGAAACCGAUUAAAGUCAAAGACGACUACCACUUAAUUUAAAGAUCAAUUUGGGAUUUUAUUAUUCAUAUUUUGACACAAUUAUAAAGUGAACAUUUAGCUGCUAAAGUGUACGUUAAGUUGGGUUCAGUUGUUUCAGCUGUCAUCCAUGCCAGUGGAAAGCAUUUUAUGUCUAGAGUAUUGAUCUCAUGCAAUCAUGUACUCAUGUUGAAACAAGUACUGCAUGGUACUACUACUACUACUACUACCAAUAGCAGUAAUAAUGAUGAUGAUAAUAAUAAUAAUGAUAAUAAUAAUGGUCUUUAUUUCACACGAGAUAAAGAUACAUAUCCUAUGUUACAACUGUUUAUGAAUACUGUAAAGCAUAAUAAAAUGAAUAAACUAAUCAUAGAAUCCUAACCAUAUUGUACUAAGGCUGUGUUUAAAUAUUAAUCUAUUUACAAAGGCAGCCAUGAAACGCUCAGUAUUAAUUUUAGGACAAACGCAUUGUUUUUUACGGAGAUUAUAAGAACAGACUUUCUUUGAAGGAAUAUGUGGAGCAAGCGAGUGAUUAUUUAUAGAAUUUACUUUCUUAAUAAUUUUACAGUCUUGCUUCUUUAAUAGAUCCUUAAUUGAAACGGGAUAAGAAAUAAAACAGCGUUUAUCAGGACAUCUAUCUAAAAAGUUCUGUUCAGUUCAUCGAUUUUGUUAACUUGAAUCAUUUAGUUGUCGUACGUUCAAAGAUUGAGUUAGAUUAAGUUUAUAGAGGGAUCUUUAUAUUUUGCCAUCAAGGAAAUAGAUGUUAAUAGAUAUNGCAUUUUAUGUCUAGAGUAUUGAUCUCAUGCAAUCAUGUACUCAUGUUGAAACAAGUACUGCAUGGUACUACUACUACUACUACUACCAAUAGCAGUAAUAAUGAUGAUGAUAAUAAUAAUAAUGAUAAUAAUAAUGGUCUUUAUUUCACACGAGAUAAAGAUACAUAUCCUAUGUUACAACUGUUUAUGAAUACUGUAAAGCAUAAUAAAAUGAAUAAACUAAUCAUAGAAUCCUAACCAUAUUGUACUAAGGCUGUGUUUAAAUAUUAAUCUAUUUACAAAGGCAGCCAUGAAACGCUCAGUAUUAAUUUUAGGACAAACACAUUGUUUUUUACGGAGAUUAUAAGAACAGACUUUCUUUGAAGGAAUAUGUGGAGCAAGCGGGUGAUUAUUUAUAGAAUUUACUUUCUUAAUAAUUUUACAGUCUUGCUUCUUUAAUAGAUCCUUAAUUGAAACGGGGUAAGAAAUAAAACGGCGUUUAUCAGGACAUCUAUCUAAAAAGUUCUGUUCAGUUCAUCGAUUUUGUUAACUUGAAUCAUUUAGUUGUCGUACGUUCAAAGAUUGAGUUAGAUUAAGUUUAUAGAGGGAUCUUUAUAUUUUGCCAUCAAGGAAAUAGAUGUUAAUAGAUAUGAAGCAUAUAAA